CUCGUUGUCUAGCAUUUCCCAAUUAAAGGGUCCACGUUGCACCAACAACCAGUAUUGGGUUCUUUAAAAUCUAGGAGAUCGAUUGAGGUUGUACCUGACGUCUCCUUGCCUAUCAACCAAACACACCAAUUUCGAAUAUUCUGAGCAACAUCGAAUUUCUCAAGUUCAUCAGCAGGAAGCGGAAGAAUGAGAAUUCUCACACAGACCGUUGCCUUCCUCUUGGCGACUACCGGGGUUAGCGCAAUGAAGGACUUCAAGGCGGUCGAGUUCGAGACGAACGACUGUACUGGUUGGAUUAAGCACUCUAGUGUGGGACUCAAACCACAGUACUGGCAGAUUAAGAUGGACAACGAGACGAAGAGCGUGUACACGGAGACCACAAAUGACGGCAUCUAUCGAUGGUAUGCCUUUUCCGACACGAAUGAGCAAGGCUGCGAUGGAGAAGUGUUGGGCCGUCUCUAUCAGGGAUGCUCCAGCCUCGGUAGGUAUAACCAGAAGAUCAAGUGCAUUCGAUGGUGUAGCUUGUGGUCACACAGUGACCACUCGUGCAAGGCCAUUGGUCAAGGUUAGGGUAUACGAUAUCGCAAAAAAAGGGCUACUAUCAGGGGAUGGUGGCAAACACCGGGCUCGAGGGUCUCUAUCUCACCUCAAACCUCAGCAGGGCCGGCGGUAGAGACGGCCGCUUAUUCGUCUCGUUAAUUAAUAGAUACCAAUACACCAC